AUGGCAACCACAGUACCAGAGCAAGCGGCCUCUCAGCCGCCUCCAACACCAGACAGCGAGCCCGUCUACGGCGGCUUCACUCGCUUCGAAAUCGAGCUCGAGUUUGUCCAAUCGCUUGCGAACCCGCUUUACCUUAAUCACCUCGCAACGCAAAAGCUUCUUACGCGCCCCGAAUUCAUCGCCUACCUCGCCUACUUGCAGUACUGGACCCGGCCGCCGUAUCUGAAGUAUCUCAUGUACCCCGGCCCGACACUCAAGCACCUCGAGCUGCUGCAGCAGGAGCAGUUCCGGCUAGACAUCAUCAGCCCGGACCUCGUGCAGCGGCUGAUCGACGAAGGCAUGAAGGCGGCCAUCGACUGGCACCGGAGCGAUGCGUGA